GACUCCUUGCGGGAGCUGGGGGUGGGGGCUGGUUGUGUGGACUCGUCAGCCCCUUGGUUCAUUCGCCGGGGUCGGGGGUCUUCUCUGUGAACCUGCUAACCUAGCUAGUUUCCUGCCCUGGUAACGGAAGGGUUAGUUAGCGAAGCGUCCACUGAACGGAUCCAUUGCCUUUUCCUUGGAAGUCAGCCCAGAGGCCCCAGGAAGGGAGGUCUGCAAAUCUGCUGCCCUCGCCCACGACCCAAGUGAUGAGCUCUGGAGUCUUUAGCUAUGCAAAUCGUUUUUCAAGUCGUGGGGGAUGGGUUUGGACAUUUUUCUGAAAUCUUCUGGUGGGGGGAAAUCCUUGGCUUGGAAACUGAAAAGAUUAAGGAUUCUGGAGCCUGAUCACCAGGGAGCAUGGAUAAUGCCUGGUUUUGCCUUCUUGAACACACCCUGCAGGACCUUUCCUAAACCAGUUUCUUACCGGAUCACACCUUGGUUCUGAAACCUCCGGUGGCCCUUCAGUGCUGUCUAAGGACAUGGCCGGAUCCCUUGACAGACCAACCUGGCUUUGCUCCCUUUUUCCUGCCGCUCUGCCAGCUCACUCCAGUAAAUGAUUUGUCAUUUCCCAGUCCCAGUUUCCUCCUCUGGAAAAUGGAGAUCUCACGGGCUAACCAAAUCUCCAUUUGUUCUCCCCUAAUGGAGAAAGCAGGUCUGUAUGCUGGUUCACCCUUGCUUUUUUGUUUUAUCCAGGGAUUUAACAUCAUUCGUGGCCACUUGAUUAAUUCCUAACCAUCCUUUAUGUAGUACCAGCCCUAGAGAGUAGGGCGUUUCUUUUAAAUCACUCAAGUGUUAACCUAGGUUGCAGGAGAGCCCUGGGGGCUGAUGAUUCUUGACCAAACUUGGGACUGCAGUGGUCAGAUAAGUUAAAAAAUGUGUAUAUCCUUGAGUCCCAUUCGCAGUGGUAGUAAUCAAAUAAAGAAAACGUAUAUUGUACACCUGAAACUAAUAUCACAGUGUGUAUUAACUAACUGGGAUUAAACCAAAAACUCAAAGAAGAAAAUGUAUAUAUUCCAUAAAUCCCAUUUACUGUGGUCUUUCCCGUCAGGGAAAACGCUGAGAGUCUGUCUUGGUCCUCCCCUCAGUCCAACAGCAAGUAGUGAGGGCUCUCAACCUUCAAAAUAAAUUCUUAUCUGACCACUUUUCCCCACCUGCGUGGCCCUCAACCUGUCCCAGGCACCGUGAUCCUCUGCCUACCUGGGCCACUGCAGUGGCUUCCUCACCGGGCUCCCUGCUUCUCCCUCGGUGUCCCUCACAAUCCACUGUCCCCAUGCAGCAGGCAGAGGGAUCAUGUGAAAAUCCAAGUCCCGUCCUAUCUGUCCUUCCUCACUCAGAGUAGAGAGCCAGGUCCUCACCUCCGUCUUCAAGGUCCUUUCCUGCACGAUCCACCCCUGCUCCGGCCUCCUGCCUCCUCCACGUUGGCCUCCCUGCCACGGGCUUUGCAUUUGCUGUUCUCACUGACAGGAACACCUUUCCCCCCAGAUCUCUACGUGACUCCGUCCCUUAUACCAUUUGGGUCUGUGCUCAAGUGCAACAGACUUCCUGGCCAGCUCGCUCUCUCGCCCCUAGCCUGGGCCGGUGCCCCCUCUGGAUACCUGAGGGCCCCCAGCCUCCUUCCUUCCAGCCCGGCCCACUCCGGGUCAGCAUCCUCUAAAGACAAGUCAGGUGGGCGGGGCACUGAGCAGGCACUUGGAUAACGUGGAUGGGUGAAUCUCUUCGUUCCUUCAACAAAGAUUGACUGAGCUCCCCCUGUUUGCCUGGCUCAGGGGUGAGGCUGGGAUGGGGUUGUGAAAUCACCAGACCUGGCCUUUCAAAGUCCUGUGGCAGACCCGACAGUACGCAGGUGGAGCUGAGGGGCUGUACGGAUGGAUGGAAGAGAAAGCGAGGAGGGGUCCGGGACACCGUGGGAUGUCCUUUGCCUGAUCACUCUGAAAGAUGAUCCCCUCUCCUGGAAACCUUAGAAGGGUCCUUCCUUGCCAGGAGCCCACGGGUGAGCUGCAGAGACAGGAAUCGCCUAACGAGGAAAAGGAUCAUCUCAGUCUCCCUCUUACUGUGGAAGCCAGGGGCGGGCUCUCAGCAGAGGACGGGCGUGACCGGGCUCCGGUGUUCGAUGCCAGGAUAAUGCAGACUCCACUAACCAUCCCUGUGCCUGUGCUCCGGCUCCCCCGGGGCCCGGAUGGCCUGAGCCGAGGCUUUGCCCCAGAUGGACGCAGGGCCCCCCGGAUGCCAGAGGGUCCCGAAACCCCAGAGUCUGCAGGAGUUCAAGAGUCUCGGGAAUCCCAGGAACAGCAGGCACGAGCGGCGCUCCGGGAGCGCUACCUCCGCAGCCUGCUGGCCAUGGUGGGUCACCAGGUGAGCUUCACACUGCACGAGGGCGUGCACGUGACUGCCCACUUCGGAGCCACCGACCUGGAUGUGGCCAACUUCUACGUGUCACAGCUGCAGACGCCCAUAGGUGUGCAGGCUGAGGCCCUGCUGCGGUGUAGUGACAUUAUUGCGUACACCUUCAAGCCAUGAAGAUGCUACUGGCUUCACCUUUUGGCUUUGGGCCUAGCCAUGGGGCCCCAGACCUGCCAUAUGGUCAUGGCGUGGGGCACACAGAGUUUGGAACUCCCUUGGAAUUCUGAGCCGACCUCCAAGCAACUUUGGCUUCUUGGGACCUCCAGGGUGUAGUCGGUAAAAUUUUGCAACCCAAGUAGUUCUAGAGCCCAUUGACAUGAAUGCUCUACCUCAAAGAACUCUAAACUCUAGAAUAGGGCCUCUUGCCAGUUCCCCAAGAUUGAGGAUUGGGCGUGGAAGGCAAAUGGCAGAGUGGGAAAUUGUUUCUUGAAGCUGCAAAGUUCAGCCACCCUGAAGAUACUCCCCUCCUACUAAAGAACCAAUUAUCCCAGGAA